GCGACGAAAAGCAGCGGUUUGAACUGACGAAGUUCGGCAGAGCGGCGUAUUCCUGUGGUACACGUAACGUGGUGUUGACGCGUUCACACGAUUACUCUUUUUUUUUCUUCCGUCGUAUCGCAACGGUUGCUCGCGCACACGCGAGAGUAAAAACCUAUAACACGCGUCCUAACGACUCGCGUGUGUGCACAUUUAUUGUCAACGCGCACUUUUUCGCCGGAACGGUGGAAACGUGAGAGAGCCCGGCGAUUUCGACGAACGGAAAGCGCGGCAGCGGUCUAGUGCACGAUGUCGAAGGACGAGGAGAGCAAGAUACCGAGCGUGAUAUAUGACGCGAAAAGCGGCAAAAGUUAUAUGAAGGGCCGAUUCUUCGGCAAGGGUGGCUUUGCAAAAUGUUACGAGAUCACAGAAUCAAAAUCACAUCACGUCUUUGCUGGGAAGAUUGUACCAAAGUCAUUGAUGGCAAAAAGUAAUCAGAGGGAAAAGAUGACACAGGAGAUUGCGAUCCAUCAGACUCUGAAUCACAGGCAUAUUGUUGGCUUCCAUGGUUUCUUUGAUGAUUCUCAUAAUAUCUACAUUAUUCUGGAACUCUGUCGUAAAAGAUCGAUGAUGGAAUUGCACAAGCGCAGAAAAGCGCUGUCGGAAUGCGAAACUCGAUACUUCAUGAAACAGAUCUUGGAUGGAGUCUUUUAUCUGCACCAGCAUAGAAUAAUUCAUAGGGAUCUGAAGCUGGGAAACCUGUUUCUGAAUGAUGAUCUGCAGGUCAAGAUCGGUGAUUUUGGAUUGGCCACCAAACUGGAACAUGAUGGUGAACGAAAAAAAACCGUGUGCGGAACUCCGAAUUAUAUAGCGCCGGAAGUGUUAACGAAGAUUGGACACUCGUAUGAGGCCGAUGUGUGGAGUAUCGGCUGUAUAAUGUACACACUGCUUGUGGGCAAGCCGCCAUUUGAGACAUCGACUCUGAAGGAAACAUAUGCCCGGAUUAAGCAAGUGCAGUAUGAAACACCGCAGCACAUCAGCAAACCCGCCAUAAAUAUGGUAUCGAACAUGCUGCAAUUGAGCCCUUCAAAACGUCCCUCCGUUGCCAAACUAAUGAAGGACUACUUCUUCUCUUCCGGAUACAUGCCAACAAGUUUACCGCUUUCCUGCCUAACGAUGCCGCCACGAUUGGACAUGCUCGAGUCACACUGCAACCGCAAGCCACUCAGCGAAAUGAAUCUCAACGGCCACUCAGAGCAGGACAAUAUGUCUAAUCGAGUGACAAACAGCCCGCGGAAAAAUAAAGUGAAAGAUUCGAAAUUAUUAGCCAGUAUCGAAGUUGUCGAGACGAACCACGUCAAUCACGAUCUCAAGGCCAUGCUUUCCACACUGAGACAUCAGCUGGGCGCCGUACUGAAGACCAAGCCUAGUAGAGACAGACAAAACGAUCCUCGGCUUCCAGGAAACUCUUCAGCAGACGAAAUGACCGAUCCGGCGGCGCAUCCCGUGGUUUGGAUAAGCAAAUGGGUGGACUAUUCAGAUAAAUACGGUUUCGGAUAUCAACUGUCCGACGACGGCGUUGGUGUGAUGUACAAUGACGGCACGCGAUUAAUCAUGCUGGCAAACGGUUACAACAUACACUACAUCAAUCGCGAUGGCGACGAACUGUACUAUACGAUCAAGGAAUUUCCAACCCAUCUUGAUAAGAAGAUGAAGCUGAUGAACUUCUUCCUAAAAUACAUGAACGAGCAUCUGAUGAAGGCGGGUGGCUCCAUCGCGGUGAAACAGAGCGACUCCCUCUCCAGAAUCCCAUAUAUGCAUCAGUGGUUCAGAACCCAGACGGCCGUGGUGAUGCAAUUGACUAAUGGCACGGUGCAGGUCAACUUCUUGGAUCACACGAAGAUUAUCAUGUGUCCGUUGAUGGCGGCAGUCACUUACAUCGACUUGGAUAAGAAUUUCCGAACCUACAAAUUCCAGACAAUCCAGGAAUAUGGCUGCUGCAAGGGAUUGGCAAAGAAUCUAAUGUAUGCAUACGAGAAGAUCGGCUUGAUGCUGAAAUCCCGCGCCGCGCCCACCGCGUAGAAGGAAAGAGGUGAACCGUGCAGUGCGGAGAUAAUCAUGAUUCUACGGAGUAGUGCAAUCUAACGUCUGAUAUUUUCUGAUAGCCGAGAUGCGGGAUACGUUAGAAAGCUAGUCUUCUGACUGACGCAGCGUUGCUUACUCGUCGCUUCCGAUCGAUGUCCGCCAUCCGAGUGCCAGUUUUCCCGCCUCGUUCGAAGCAAUGUGAAUCGGACCGUCCGAGCGGUAGCUUUUUAAAUUCAUGAGUCACUCGAAUUUAAAUGCGUUUAGAGGAUAAGAUCGUUCGAGAUAAGACAUUCCAGAAUUUUGUGUAACAAGUUCUGUCGCGUGUUUAGGACCUAAUCUUUUCAGUUAUGACGUAUUGGUAAUCAAAAGUGUGAUUGUUAACAGAAAUUGAAAAAAAAAACAUGAAAACGACUAAUUGAAGAAAACAAAAAAAUUGAAAGAAAUGUGAAACCGACUAAAAACUGACGAUAAGAUAAAUUGUGGCAUUAUGUGAGUCUUUUUUGCUUUAUCAUUUAAUGCGCGCUUUUUAUGCAGUUGAUAAGAACGACUGUUUUUCUCGUGUACUUUAAUACUUUUUAUACGGAACGAAUUUUUUUUAUGCGGAACGUCCAAGUUCUUUAUUUCGGAAAUUUUAUAUCAACACUUGGCUUUAACAACGAUGUGUGACCUAAAUUAAAAAUUUGAAGGAAAGCUUUGGAAUUUAUUUUUCCGCUUACAUUACAUAGUAUGCGAAAUUGGAUAUAAAAAAAAAUACAUUAUGAAGUUUAUAAAAAAUUUUUGAGAUAAAAGAAUGUGAACAAUGAAUGGCGAUCUGUCGAAUUGUAAAAGAUUCAGUGUGCGAUUUGCAUUUUCUAACAUUGCUUCGACCGAUUAGAAGACAUUAAAAGUACGAAAUCAAUUCUAUCGAAUUAUCCCACGAAGACUAUACGAAGACUAUAUUUUGCUUAAUAGAUAUAAAACUAUUUUUUUACGAAGCUAAAUGACGACCAGUGUGUUAACGAAAUUGAUGCGUGUUGCUAUACGGUGUUGUUAUACUGCCAGAAAACUUCCUACAUAAUCCUUCAUAAUAUUAGAUUGUUGCAGAACUUGCGUCGACUUUUGUAGAAUUAUUGUAAUUUCGGAUCAUUACGAAAGUUUCCGAUUGUCUUUUUCUUCCACUGGCAAAAUUGUGAACUCUAUCGAAGACCUCACGCGCGAUUUGGAAUCAGAGAAUCAAAGAAUCUGAUUAAUGAAACUCCUAGGAUCUAAGAAGUUGACAAUUGCAGGAUAUGUCAAGGAAUUUAACAGAUUUAUAAAAUGCCUGAGAAAAUCAUGAAUUGAAUUUAAAGAAGGUUUAUGAAAAUAUUCAAAGUUAUUUUUGAAAUUGUGAAGUUUGCAAACAUGUCGAUUUUUCAGGCAUAUUAGGAUCCUUAGUCUUUGAUAACUGAUAACUAAUUCAUGUUGAGAUAUUUGUAAGCCCUUAGAUAUUUGUACAUUCUUAUAUCCGUGAUGUAAAAAUUGUAAUGCUUAACUGAGUUGACAUUUCAAAUAGUUCUAAGGCAAUUCACAAUCAUCAUAUAAUGAUUUGAGGCCAGAAAAGGAUCUUGCAAGCAAGAUUCCAGUGACUCCGCGCCGAGGAAAGCGAUGGAAACUCUCGUAAGGGUCUGCAAGAAUCGGUUUAUUUCUUAUAAAGAGACUGCGCGGUAGAAAGUAGUUAUAUUCGCAUAGUAAAAUUAAUGUAAGUGUAUAACGAGACAAUAAUAGGUAAUUAAUCACAUUAGGAACUAUCCGAAGGAGAACGGUGUUAGCUUAGCGAAUGACGUUGCGUUAUGUUAAGUUACAUAUAUACAUGUCUUAGGGGGCGAGAAAACAAUGAUAGAGUAUGUCAAGUAAUUCAGUAAUAAGUAGAUGUACAUAUAAAAAAAAGUUGUUGGUGACCGAGAGAAUUAUAAAUAAAUGCAACGAAAGAGGGACCAUGGAUUGCGAGGUUAUGUUUAGGUGAAAAUUGUUAGGAUAAUAUUUUUACAACGUGUCAAUGUACAACACUGUUUUGAAGAAAGCACAAUAUAGAAAUAAACUGUUUUUUUGUAUAA